AUGCCGGAAGCUGGGAACACAGUGGGGACCCAGCAGAGCAGCCUGCCUUCCUGGAGUUCACGGUCUAGUGGGAAGACGGGAGUUAGCUGGGCCUUCUUGAGGUGCCGCCACCGGCACGGCCAGGCCAGCAUGGUGGACCACUUGCUUCCAGUGGACGAGACCUUCUCGUCACCGAAAUGCCCAGUUGGUUAUCUGGGUGACAGGCUGGUCGGUGGGCGGGCGUACCACAUGCUGCCCUCGCCCCUCUCCGAGGAUGACAGUGACGCCUCCAGCCUCUGUUCCUGUGCCAGCCCGGACUCGCAAGCAGUCUGCUCCUGCUAUAGCGGUGGCCCGGGUGCUGAGGGCCAGGAUAGCAUCUUGGACUUCCUGCUGUCCCAGGCCACACUGGGCAGUGGUGGUGGCAGUGGCAUUGGGGCCAGCAGUGGCCCCAUGGCCUGGGGGUCCUGGCGGCGGGCACCAGCACCUGUGAAGGGGGAGCAUUUCUGCUUCCCCGAGUUUCCUGUGGGUGACCCUGAUGACGUCCCAAGGCCCUUCCAGCCCACCCUGGAGGAGAUUGAAGAGUUUCUGGAGGAGAACAUGGAGCUGGGGGUCAAGGAGGCCCCAGAGGGCAGCAGCAAGGACUUGGAGGCCUGUGGCCAGCUCUCAGCCGGGCCACACAGGAACCACCUCCAUCCUGGGUCCAGUGGGAGAGAGCGUGGCACUCCCCCUCUGGGCAGUGCCAGUGUGGGUGGCAGCCAGAGUCCGGGUGGGGGGCCCACAUCUGAUGGCCCCAUCCCCGUGCUGCUGCAGAUCCAGCCUGUGCAGGUGAAGCAGGAGUCGGGCAAUGAGCCUGCCUCCCCUGGGCAGGCCCCGGAAAGUGUCAAGGUAGCCCAGCUUCUGGUCAACAUCCAGGGUCAGACCUUUGCACUGGUGCCCCAGGUGGUGCCCUCCUCCAAUGUGAACCUGCCCUCCAAGUUCGUGCGUAUCGCCCCUGUGCCCAUCGCCGCCAAGCCCAUUGGGUCGGGACCCCUGGGGCCUGGCCCCGCCGGCCUACUCAUGGGCCAGAAGUUCCCCAAGAAUCCAGCGGCAGAACUCAUCAAAAUGCACAAAUGUACUUUCCCCGGCUGCAGCAAGAUGUACACCAAGAGCAGCCACCUCAAGGCGCACCUGCGCCGGCACACAGGCGAGAAGCCCUUUGCCUGCACCUGGCCGGGCUGCGGCUGGAGGUUCUCCCGCUCGGACGAGUUGUCGCGGCACCGGCGCUCGCAUUCGGGCGUGAAGCCCUACCAGUGUCCCGUGUGCGAGAAGAAGUUCGCGCGGAGCGACCACCUCUCCAAGCACAUCAAGGUGCACCGCUUUCCCCGGAGCAGCCGCUCGGUGCGCACGGUGAACUGA